GGCACCGUCCGGAGCGGCCGCUGGUCACGGCGGAGCCAUGAUCCGCCGGGAAGACACUGAACGGGCAGUGGAAAUUCUGACCAGAUACCAAAGCACCCUGCAGACCCCAGAAGAGCAGGAGCUAAAAGCCUCUAUUGGAAAAGUCUCACACAUCUUCCAAAGUGAACUCUUCCAGGCUCUGCUGGAUAUCUAUGAAUUCUACAACUUCAUGCUGCACUCCGCACCCCUGCAGACUCCCAGCCCAGAAACAAGUUACAGCAGAGCCAGGCAGCAGCAUGAGAACCGGUCCCAGGAUGGUGAGUGGAGGCUUCCCACAGGGUCUGGGGACAGCGUGCCAGGGACACCACCGCGGCUGGUGAAGGUGACAGCACGGAGGACAGAGGCCCGAGCCAGUGUCUGCAGCCUGGUGCUCGGCUCUCACAGCGCCCUGCCCCAGGCCAACCCUGCUCCCAUUAUUGUGAACACAGACUCACUGGAACAAGGGCUCUCUGUGAAUGGCAGUGAUGGGAUGUUCAAAUACGAGGAGAUUGUCUUGGAAAGGGGUAACUCUGGCCUCGGCUUCAGCAUAGCAGGAGGAAUUGACAACCCUCACGUUCCAGAUGACCCAGGUAUCUUCAUCACGAAAAUCAUCCCCGGGGGAGCAGCAGCCAUGGACGGCCGUCUGGGGGUGAAUGACUGUGUGCUGCGGGUGAACGACGUGGAUGUCUCCGAAGUGGUGCACAGUAAGGCUGUGGAGGCCCUGAAGGAAGCAGGACCCGUGGUGCGACUCGUGGUGCGCCGCCGGCAGCCCCCACCGGAGACCAUCAUGGAGGUCAACCUCAUGAAAGGCCCCAAAGGCCUGGGGUUCAGCAUCGCAGGGGGCAUCGGGAACCAGCAUAUCCCAGGGGACAACAGCAUCUACAUCACCAAGAUCAUCGAGGGAGGUGCUGCCCAGAAGGAUGGACGCCUUCAGAUUGGGGACAGGCUGCUUGCGGUGAAUAACACCAAUCUGCAGGAUGUGCGGCACGAGGAGGCGGUAGCUGCCCUGAAGAACACUUCUGACAUGGUGUACCUGAAAGUGGCCAAGCCCGGCAAUGUCCACCUCAAUGACAUGUAUGCGCCCCCCGACUAUGCCAGCACCUUCUCAGCCUUGACUGACAACCACUUAAGCCAUAACUCAAGUCUGGGCUACCUGGGCAGCAUGGAGAGCAAGCCUGCCUACCCCAUCCCUGCCCAGGUGACCCCAUCCCGGUACUCGCCCGUCCCUCGGCACAUGAUUGGGGAUGAGGAAUUCACCAGGGAGCCCCGGAAAAUCAUACUGCACAAGGGUUCCACUGGCCUGGGCUUCAACAUCGUCGGAGGGGAAGAUGGUGAGGGGAUCUUCGUGUCCUUCAUCCUGGCCGGAGGACCUGCUGACCUCAGCGGGGAGCUGCGGAGGGGAGACCGCAUCCUCUCAGUGAACGGCGUGAACCUCCGCAACGCCAGCCAUGAGCAGGCGGCAGCGGCGCUGAAGCGGGCGGGGCAGACGGUGACCAUCAUCGCACAGUACCGGCCCGAAGAGUACAGCCGCUUCGAGUCAAAGAUCCACGACCUGAGGGAGCAGAUGAUGAACAGCAGCAUGAGCUCUGGCUCCGGCUCACUCCGGACAAGCGAGAAGAGAUCUCUCUAUGUCCGAGCUCUCUUUGACUACGACCGGACCCGAGACAGUUGCCUGCCCAGCCAGGGGCUCAGCUUCUCUUAUGGGGACAUCCUGCACGUCAUCAACGCCUCCGAUGAUGAGUGGUGGCAAGCCAGGCUUGUCACUCCUCAUGGUGAGAGUGAGCAGAUCGGGGUCAUCCCCAGCAAGAAGAGGGUGGAAAAGAAGGAGAGAGCACGGUUGAAAACGGUGAAGUUCCAUGCCAGGACUGGCAUGAUUGAGUCCAACAGGUCGAUCAAAACGAAACAUAAAAAGAGUUUCCGCCUCUCUCGAAAGUUUCCAUUUUACAAGAGCAAAGAGAACCUGGUCCAGGAGAGCAGUGGACAGGAACAGGGCGUGACAUCAAACACCAGUGACAGCGAAAGCAGUUCCAAAGGACAAGAGGACACCAUCCUGUCAUAUGAGCCAGUGACACGGCAAGAAAUUCACUACGCAAGGCCGGUGAUCAUCCUGGGGCCGACAAAGGAUAGAAUCAACGACGACCUCAUCUCCGAAUUCCCACACAAGUUUGGUUCCUGCGUGCCACACACUACCAGGCCUCGGCGCGACAACGAGGUGGACGGACAAGACUACCACUUUGUUUCAUCCCGUGAGCAGAUGGAGAAAGACAUCCAGGACAACAAGUUUAUAGAGGCUGGACAGUUCAAUGACAACCUCUACGGGACCAGCAUUCAGUCAGUGCGGGCAGUAGCAGAGAGGGGGAAACACUGCAUCCUGGAUGUUUCUGGCAAUGCUAUCAAGAGGUUGCAACAAGCACAACUUUAUCCCAUUGCCAUUUUCAUCAAACCAAAAUCCAUUGAAGCUCUCAUGGAGAUGAACCGGAGACAGACGUAUGAACAGGCCAACAAGGUCUUUGAUAAAGCCAUGAAACUUGAGCAAGAGUUUGGAGAGUAUUUUACAGCAAUUGUACAAGGAGAUUCUCUUGAAGAGAUUUACAGCAAAAUCAAACAGAUCAUUGAAGACCAGUCCGGGCACUACAUCUGGAUCCCAUCCCCAGAGAAACUCUGAAGAUGCCCCCCCACCUGCUUCCCCAUGAGCAGAAGAUCUCUGGAGUCCCACCCAAGCUCUCUGCCCGAGGUUGAGGGGGAUAUGAAAACUAUUCCUGCUCCCUUUUUUAGAUUGUCACAAAAUUGAGUUUUCUAGUCCUGUUUCUUUCGUUGGGAUGAACUCAUUCAUCACUUGACUGUUCCCACUGUUCCUGCAUGGACCUUCCCAUUGCUCCAUUAGAGACACAUGAGAACCCAUUCAAAGUCUUCUUUUUAUUAUUAUUAACUAAACCAAGAAUCAAGAUGGGAGGAGUUAGCUAAGGACUAACAUAAGAAACAAGUGAAACAAUGAACUCUGAGCACACAAGGUAGCAUCAGAGCUCCAGGGGCAUUUUUCCAAGUGUGACUGUCUAGCAAUUCAUAACAGUGUGACAGGAAGGCAGCAGAAAGCAUUUUAUUUAUC